AUGGCGGCCGCGUCCCUCAUCGACGAGAUCGCGGACGAGCUGCAGGCGCUCGAGGCCGUCUACGGCGAUGUCGUUCGCGUGCAGGCGGAGAAUGCGGAAACGUCGACCGCCGGACAGAACAAAGCAGCAGCAGCAGCAGCAGCAGCAGCAGCGGCGGCGGGGGGGGGGAUGGUGGUGGUGAGGAUCAGCGUGGAGUUGAAGCCGCAGACGGGCGAAGACGCGACGCAGCAGUUCGUGGAGGCCACGGCCGUGCUGCUCGUCACACCGCAGUACCCUCUGGCCCCAGCAGUGCUGCGCCUGAGUGCGGUGAAGGGCAUGAGUGACGAGCGCGUGGCGGAGCUGCUUGCGCGCGCCAGGGCGUGGCUGGCGGAGGCGCUGGGGCCGGGGGAGCCCAUGCUGCUGGCCGCGUGCGAGGUACAAUACAAAGACUCAGCGUGCUGGGUUGGAGAGGGCAGGAGGGGCGGGAGGGGGCGGGAGAGGGCGGGAGGGGGCGAGAGAGGGCGGGAGAGGGCGGGAGAGGACGGGAGAGAGGGAGAGUGCGGGAGAGGGGGGGAGAGGGAGGGGAAGAGUGGGCAAGUGAAGGAGCUUCUAACGGAGAUGAACGAGCCUUCUGGGUGCUGCUGCUUCUGCCUUGAUCCAAUGACUUCCACUGCUGCACCUGCUGCUGCCUCGGACCAUCUCCACGAUGCCAGCAGCAGGGCCGGCUUUCCCCCGCUGUUCAAGCUUGGAGUCUGCUUCCAUUGCUUCCACUCUCAGUGCAUUAGGCAGUGGUGGCAGUGGGAGCUACAGCAGGCCAAGGCCAACGAAGCUGAAAUGCGGAGAUGCCACCCACAUAUUGCAGUUCCCAAGUCGAGGCCCUCGCUAGAUUCCGCAGCACCAGCAGCAGAGGUCACAGAGGUGCUGUGUGGGGAGGAUCAGGUCGAGAGGAGGAAGCAGUUUGAGGCUGUGUGGCAGCGGCAGCAGCAGCGGGGAGGUAUCAUUGAGCCUCGCUCUGUGCUGGAGAGCAACAGAACAAACCAUGGAGAUCAACAUGCCGUUCCACAGCACGCCCAUGCACGUCCGCAGUCUUCACAACCCGCUUCUCACCAUUUCCCCAAUUCCCAACCUGUUGAUGCAUCCGCUGCUGUCGCAUCUUCCUCUUCUCCUCCUCCUCCUCCUCCUUCGUCCUCGUCUACUCCGGGUGCAGCUGCUGCUGAUGCUGCAGCAGCUCCUGCAGUGGACUCUCUCCGACCAGGCUCAGGCUCUGCUGCUUCUGCACCAGCUGAACCGUGCUCUGGUGGCCUUGUUCUCUUCCCAGCACUGCGCCUUGACCCCUCGCCUCCAGACAGCUUUUCUCGCAACCUGCCUGGCGCUGUAUCCGCACCGCACAACGAGCCUGGGGUAGGUAUGGGGAGCGAGGGAGAAGAGGGCGGGGGCGGGGAGAAGGACGGGGAGGUUGGAGAGGAGGGAGUGGAGGAAGGUUGCAUGGUGGGGGCAGAGGGGAAGGGAGAGGGCUGUGGAAAGGAGGAGUUGAAAGCGGUGGAAAGGAAGGGGGAGAGCAGGACGGGAGGGGACAGCAAGAGAAUGGUGGGCGACAGGGGCAAAGAGGCAGUCACCUUGAAGAGAACAGUGGAAAGGCUGGGGAAGGAAGUGGUGGGCGGGGAUAUGGUGGCAGGAGAGGCUCGAGUAGGGGGCGACGGGGAAACAAGGGGAGGCAUGGAAGAAGCGGCAGCGGGGGGGUGGUGA